GAUUAACGCAAUCUGGAGGACACGACAGUCCGGUUAACCGAACCGGAGAGAAAUCGUAGACGGUUUUCGCCGAUACAGAUUGUGUUAAUCCAAACAAAACAAAUUAACUCUCGGACUGCUUCCGCCGGACCAGAGCAAAGCUAACAGAUCUGCGCUCCGCCGACGACCGCCGACGACGGUGGUGCGUGCACCCGCAACAGCCAGCAUGGCGGAGCUCACGCCGCCUUCUGCCAACGACGGUGGUGGCACCGGAAGCACGCCGCCGGAGCUCACGCCAUCCCCUACAUGGAGGAAAAAGCCUUCUCAGAAGGGCAAACCCAGGCUGCGGCUCGUCCAGCAUGCAAGGACGACGACUCCAAAGCCGCCGGUGGCUCCUCCCCAGAAGAAGAGGAAAGCCGCCGGCGAUGGCGUCGCUGGCGAGAGCCCAAAACCAGUCCGGCGUAAGCUUGACCUCGACGGUGAGCGCCGGCCGCCGACCAAGAUCAGUGCUCCGGCCGUCGUCAGCGGAAGCUUCAGCAGGGCCACGCUCAUGGAAAACCUGAGGUCCCUCGCCAAGCUUCACUUGGGCGACAAAAAGCCGCCCCGCAUGCUGCCGGCGUCGUCGCCGAAGGUCACCAAGCCAGCGGCGUUGCCGCCCAAGAUCGAUCCGCGGCGCUCCUUUAGCCGAGCCCAGCUGAUGGAGAACCUGAGGUCCCUCGCCAAGCGCCACAACCUUCCGGCGGCCGCCGCAGACGACGACGCCAAGGGCAAGAGCGGCAGUCUGAAGAAGGAGAAGAAACCGACGCUGGUGGACGAGCUCGUGCUGGUGCCAUACAACAGGAAGCGGGCAGCCUCCGCCGCCGCCGCCGAGGAUCCCUUCCGGGCGCUGGUCAUCCACGACGAGCUAGCCGGGGCGCUCGCGCUGCGGUGGAAGCCCGCGGUGCUCGUCCUCACGAAGACCCGAGUCCGGCUCGUGAAGAACAUCACCCCGGCGAUCGAGGCGGCGUACGGCCAGCUGAUGCAACUGGAGGAGACGUGCCGGGGCACGGAGCUGCCCGACAUCCAUGAGAGCCCUGAGUUGGAACAGAAGCGCAAGGCUCUGGAAGGCCGGGUGCAACACUUCAUGAAGAUUGCGCGGCUUAUCAUGGGGGAUAGGAAGUUCGACUACGAGCAUCCGUGGGGAGGAACCGUACUUACUUCCGUAGUGGGCACAUUCCUAACACAAAAUGUCACAGACCACUUGUCAAGCAACGCUUUCAUGAACCUCGCGGCGGAGUUCUCCUUAUCAAAGAAUAGAAGCAAUGUCGAGCCAAGAACAAAUGUACCUCUGAUGCUAACAGAUGGCUCUGGUUUAGGGGAGUCUGAACCUGGUGACCAUGGCUCUGCCGAUGAACGGGGUAAAUGCCGUGAUAAGGGAAUAGAGGAGUUCAUUGCAUCGAUUAGAACAGGAGAAAUAUCAAGUUGGGACAGGGGGCGUAUAAGGAAGUUGUUGUUCGACAGGUUCGAAUCUUCGACGGCUGCAAAAAUUUUCCAUGAUAUUGCUUCUAUCGGAGAUACAUCUCAUUGGAAUUCUCUGCUUAAAGAAGCCUACAACAAUGGGUAUCGGAAGGAGGAAAGUGCGAAUGAAACGAUUGAUUGGGAUGCUCUACUGCACGCACCAUUUGCUAAAAUUGCAGAGUGCAUCAGGGACCGUGGAAAUCAAUCCCAAAUGGCAUUGAGAAUACUGGCUUUUCUAGUUCGUAUCAAGAGAGACCAUGGAAGUAUUGAUCUGGAGUGGCUUAGACACGUCCCCCGUGCAAAGGCAAAGAGAUACCUACUCAGUAUAAAUGGGCUUGGAGCAAAAAGUGUUGACUGUAUCCGUCUCUUGUCCCUGAGACACAGAGCAUUCCCGGUUGAUACAAAUGUAGCUCGCAUAGUGACAAGGCUAGGAUGGGUCGAACUUCAACCUUUACCAAAUUCUCAAGAGUUCCAUCUGGUGAACACGUAA